AGUAAAUGUUAGUUAAUUAAUAAACUUAUUUAAUAUAGUAUAUUAUUAUAGUAAUUUUUUGUCAGUCAUGUAUUUUUACGCAAUAAUUGUCACACUAUUACUUCAAUCGGUGGUGUCAUAUAAUCCUACCGGUGAGACCAUGUUUAAUGGGGGCCACAAAACGACCAAGAUACAAAACGCCAUCAUACCUAAUGCCAAAAUUAGUGACGCGGGUCAACUGAUAUUACGAUCGGUGAAACUAGCGCGCGAGUCUAAGCCAACCGACAUAAUGGUUCGCAAUCUGAACGAGACCUGGGUCAAUCAGACUGUGCCCCUAAUUGUGCAACACUUUAUUAACGCCACCAAUGACUUCGAGACUACACACCAGUCGUGCCUGAGUCUGACCGAGUUCAAUAUGACCAGGUUCAACACCGGCAAAAAUUGCUACGGUAGCGUGGCCGAUAAUAUCCGGGAAAGUUUGGGCACAGAUUAUCUCGUAUUCGUAUACCAGUGGGCCUACGGCGUAUUACAAAAGUAG